AUGAAAAGAAUAGAGAAUACAGCAAGCAGGCAUGUUACAUUUAACAAGAGAAGCAAAGGAUUGAUGAAGAAGGCUAAAGAGUUAGCUAUAUUAUGUGAUGCAAGUGUGGCGCUUAUUGUCUUCUCCUCCUCUGGAAAAUGCUUAAAUUAUCCCGGUUCCAAGUAUGUAUUGUUUAGUGUUAUUCCGACCGUUGCUGCUUUGCCAGCAUUUCUAGUUUUAGUUUCCUUUUCAUACCAAAAAUUCUACUGUAUCGGUCUGGGUCAUAAAUCCACUGGCAUUGUCCAUGUCAGAAAUCCAUUUGUUGUUCAGAUCAGAAAUUUAGACCAAAUCAGCUCAUAUGUCCACGGUCAGAAAUCUACAGUUGUUCGUUGUCCGUUUCAGAAAUCCACCGAUGUUAAGCAUGUAAACAUGUCGGUCGAGCAAAUAGAUUAUGUUGAGUUUCAGGGUGUGAAAGCAAGGGCUGAUGGGUGGUGGCCGGUGGACAAGGCAGUGCUGCGGGAGGCUCCGAUGUUUCUCCAAUCCUAA